UAUAUAUAUAUAUAUAGGUGGCUUCUGUUGAGAGUAUUUGUCAUAUAUUGAAAGUUAAGUAACCUAGUUUGGAUUUUGGGGUGAAACUUCAACUUCUUUUAUGGUAUCAGAGCAAAACUUUACGUUUUGGGCUCAAUAGCCACAUAUGCUUUCACGCCACCCAAUAUAUAUUGUCCAAAUGUUAUGCUUGAAAGUUCGUCACAUGCAAAGGCAUAUUGAGAGUAUUUAUCUUACAUUGAAAAGUUAAGCCACCUCAUGCACUUUUUAGCCUCCAAAUUGGUUGGCCUUUUUCUUCUACUUUAUCUUUCACUUUUAAAUCCUUUGUCCCUCUCUCUUCUAAACCCAUCCAAAAUAUUUUACUGGGUUUCUUUUUAUUGAACAAAUAAAUGGGUUUGUUCACGUUGCCCACAGUUGCACUGUUUAUUCUGCUCAAACUGAGCUUGACAUUCGUUCAUGGAGGAAUUCCGACUACCCUUGAUGGACCCUUCAAACCUGUCACUGUUCCACUUGACAAGAGCUUUCGAGGCAAUGCAGUUGACUUGCCUGAAACUGAUCCUCGAGUUAAAAGAAUCGUUAAAGGUUUCGAGCCUGAACAAAUCUCUGUCUCUCUCUCUGGAACCCAUGACUCUGUUUGGAUAUCUUGGAUCACAGGGGAGUUUCAAAUUGGGGACAAUAUAGAACCAUUGGAUCCGAAAACUGUUUCAGGUGUUGUUGUAUAUGGAAGAUAUGGAUUUCCUAUGACUAACAGAUCAACCGGGAAUAAUUCCCUUGUUUACAAUCAGCUGUAUCAGUUUGAAGGCCUCAAAAACUACACUUCUGGGAUUAUACACCAUGUUCGUCUCGCAGGAUUGAUACCCAACACCUUAUAUCAGUAUCAAUGUGGAGAUCCUUCUAUUCCAGCAAUGAGUAGUGUGUCAUAUUUCAAGACUAUGCCGGUAUCUGGGCCCAAGAGUUACCCCAGCAGAGUAGCUGUGGUGGGGGACCUGGGUCUUACAUACAAUACUACAUCAACAGUUGAUCACUUGUUGGCUAACGGACCCGAUCUUCUAUUAUUGGUUGGGGAUGUUAGUUAUGCUGACUUGUAUCUCACAAAUGGAACUGGGUCUGAUUGUUACUCUUGCUCAUUUCCACAUACUCCCAUUCAGGAAACUUAUCAGCCUCGUUGGGAUUACUGGGGAAGGUAUAUGCAGCCUCUAGUGUCCAAAGUUCCAAUAAUGGUGCUAGAAGGGGACCAUGACAUUGAACAACAGGCUGGAAAUCAAACAUUUGUUUCUUAUAGUUCGCGAUUUGCGUUCCCCUCAGAAGAGAGUGGAUCAUCAUCUACAUUAUUCUAUUCUUUUAAUGCCGGGGGAAUUCACUUUAUAAUGCUUGGUGCCUACACAGCCUAUAACAAAUCAGCCGAUCAGUACAUGUGGUUGGAGAAAGAUCUGGCUAAUUUUGACAGAAAUUUGACUCCUUGGUUGGUAGCUACAUGGCACCCACCAUGGUACAGCACCUACAUGGCACAUUACAGAGAAGCGGAGUGUAUGAGAGUCGAGAUGGAAGACAUACUUUAUAAGUAUGGUGUUGAUAUCGUCUUCAAUGGCCAUUUUGAAAACAAUCAACAGGUUCACGCCUACGAGAGGUCAAAUCGAGUGUAUAACUACACUUUGGAUCCCUGUGGUCCUGUAUAUAUAACAGUUGGUGAUGGUGGUAACCGAGAGAAGAUGGCAAUUGCACAUGCUGAUGAACCCGGAAACUGUCCAGAACCAUGUACAACUCCAGAUAAGCUUAUGGGUGGCUUUUGUGCAUUUAAUUUCACAUCAGGCCCGGCAGCAGGAAAGUUCUGUUGGGACCGGCAGCCUGAAUAUAGUGCAUAUCGAGAAAGUAGCUUUGGUCAUGGGAUUCUAGAGGUGAAAAAUGAGACUCAUGCUUUAUGGUCUUGGCACCGAAAUCAGGACUUCUACAGAUAUGCUGGAGAUCAAAUUUUUAUUGUAAGGCAGCCUGAUAGCUGUCCAGUUACGGCAAACGUUACACAAAACAAUUGAGAGCAGGAAAAUGAAGGAAAUUAUUGGAUAAAUGGUAUUAACUUCACCACAGCAGUGAACUCUGAGUCUCUGAUGAUAUUAUACCGACUGAUAGAUUCUUGUACACAUUUUUGUAUGCAUCUACAAUUUCCAACUUGCGCGCAUUAACUCAUUUACAACAGUUCUGAACAUCUCUAGUUGUGAGCCCUCAAGUCUUCAACUUGUUGAUGUCAGGCGAAGUUAGCCCUUGUGUUAACUUUCAAUUUGUAAUGCUGAAAAUUUCUACUAAUAAAACUGCUAGAUUUUUAUUU